AUAAGGGUGGCGGAGGACAAGAUCGAUUAUGCGAAAUGUUCCUUUAUAACUUUGUGUAGUAUUCCGAUAUUUUCCACGUAUCUAUUGCUUAAAAGUUGUGCAUUUAGGUUAUAGAUGUUACUGGAGGCUUUUGACAGUGCUGAAGGGAAUAAAAUCAUAUGAACCGUUUCUAGGGGUGGACGGACUUUUUAAUAUUUACUAUUAUUAUUAAGGAUCUGCUUAUAUUAGGCCGUUUAGACGCUGUAGCAUUCCUGACAUCGCUAUAAUCUUCCAGUCGCCGAGGAGGAGGAGGAGGAGGAGGAUUUUUGGAUUUGUGCCUCUUCAAGAGAAGCAAGGCUUUAUUUAAGACAAAAGAUCAUGGUGGCUGUCAGAGGGAAGGAUUUGGGAUCGACGCAGCUACAGGAAGCUAAUGAGGAGAGCUACACACUGGCCACGGCUGAGAGCACACAACAAGGAGCACACUGGAAUCUACUCCGCUGGGGUUAAAGUGUGCAGUGUGCACUACUUCCUGCCGCAGGUAGAGCUGUCACAGUGUGGCACGGAGCUGUAGCUGUGUCAGAGGCUUGCUGUGUCCUUGCCUUACUGCUGCGAGAGCUGCUCGGCUGGAUAUUGGAAUCUUUCUCACACAUGCACUGAGGAAACUGCAGCCUUUCACCACCAUGGAGAAGUGCUGUUCAGAGUGUUCAGAACCCAGGAUGGCGCAAAGCUUGUGCACCUUCUGCAACAAGUGGCUGUGUUUCCAGUGCACAGACCUGCACCAGCACGAAAGUGCCUCCACUCAACCCUCUGACCUGCAGCACCAGCAGGGAGACCCUCCAUCACCAUCUGAAACAGGAGCCGGUUGCUGUGGGCAUGCUGUUGUCAUGUGUCCUCUCCAUAAACAGGAGCCUCUAGAGCUGCUCUGCGAAACGUGUGACCUCCUGGCCUGCAGCAUCUGUCACCUGUCUGCUCACACAGACCACCGGCUGGUGCAUGUCGGAAAAGCUCUGCAAGAUCAGCGCUGGCUCCUGCAGAACCUCAUGGCAAGGGUGGAGGAGAAGAGGUCAACUGUGGAGAGUACUGCUAAACAGAUCCAGGGCAGGCUCCAUGGUAUUAAGAUCACGCAGAGGAAGGCAGAGAACCAGAUAAAAAUGGCAAAGAUGAUUAUGAUGAACGAGCUUAACAAACGGGCCAAUCUAUUAAUAGAACAACUGGAGAGUAUCUCCAGUGAUUUCAAGCAACGUCUAGAGGACCAGCUGCAGGGGGCCAUAGAGCUGUGCAGCCAGCUGGAGCACGUGCAGAACUUCAUUACCUGGGCUACAGCCCACCACAGGCGCAAUCCACUACUCUUCAGCAAAGAGCUGAUUGCUCUUCAGAUGCAGCAAUUACUAGAGCCACUGAUGCUCUCAGAGUCCUGGGCCCCUUUGAAAAUCAAGUUUAACUGGGAUGCCAGCUUCUGGACCAAGCAGAUGUCCACUUUAGGUCAGCUGGUUGUUGAGGGUGGAAGUCGUUUGUACUCUGAGGUUGUCGGUCACCCCAGUAUCCUGCGACCCCAGCCUGUCCCUUGCAUAGCCAUGCCUCCUCUGUGCCAUGCGGUGCGGGAACCUGGCUGCACCUACCAGACUUUCUGCCAGCCCCAGCUCUGCUGUCUUCACUGCAGACCUACCCAGUCCGUCCCUUUGGACAAGUACUCAGUACACCUAGACAAAUACCCCAUCCAGUGUCCUCAGGCUGCCAGCCGAAGCUCCCCUCCAUCCCGCCACAGCUUCUGGGAGGCUGAUGCUUCUGUCCCCUUACACCCAACAGGAGCUCAGCCUACACAGCAGUCAACCUCUCACCCGGGGUCUGACUUUGUCCACCAUGGACCCAGCACUACUCUGCCUCGACAGCCUGCAGGAUCCAACAACCACCCAUUGCUUGAGCCACUCCCUGCUAAUCCCAACCAGACUGCUGUGGAUUGGAGAAAAAUCGAAUCAAGCCAGCCCCACCGUGGGAGAGGGCAAACAUCUUCACCCGAGGCAGAAACAGGAAUAGAGCAUUCUCCAGACAGAGAUCAGCCACAGAAUCAGGCUCAAGUGCAGCUGACCACAGACACCAGCAACCAGCUCAUGGUUGAACUGCAGCCUAUCAUUGCUCAUACAGUUGAUAGCAGGAGAUCCUCAGCAUUGGAUAUGCAUGCAGUGGCUCAAGGCCAGGAAGCUGAUAUUCAGAGCCAUUCAAAGAGAAGGACCAGGUCUCAGGAUGUCCCAGCAGGACCCGGAGGAGCUCGUAGGAGGACCUCUAAAUACAGGCUGAAGAGGGCUGCUCACAGCCAGGCAACAGAGGCUGGGGACCAGGGAUGCGCAAUGCCGCAGCAGGUCUGUCCACGGCUCAGAGAGACAGAGGAUGCUUCUGAGAUCAGCCCAGUACCGCAGUGUACAAGCAGUCAUAAUGUGUCUUCUCUGGCCACCUACAAAUCUGAGCCGGAUAAUGUUUAUGCAUAUGCCUAUGAAAACAGAAAACAGAAUACAAGAAAGAAGAGACCAUCAAGAGUUGAUGUGGACACCAGUGACAAAGAAGCCGCUGAUGGUUCUAAGGUUCCAGUUGUGUGUCUUGAGCGACUCAAAAUCCUGGUUUCACGGCAUCCACCACAGAGUCAUCAGAGCACAGAUCUCACCUCUGAGACUCGUAUGAAGCCUGAAAGAACUGUCUUAAGGGUGUUAGAGAGAGAAGCAACCUCUCAGGGAACAUUAAGUGAGGAGUCAGUUCAAACAGGAGACAGUGUGCCGCCUAUAGAGCAGCCAUCAUUAGAACACCUGAAAAGCAGUGGAUCACCUGGCUCCCUUGAGGUUUCUCAGCCUCCUGUGCAAGAAGUAUGCAACAUACAUCAAGAGUCCACGGUACUAGCCAUUUCCAGCGAUCCAGAUCCUCUCUUACAACCUGACACAGAAGAAAUACGCUCUGAACAUGAUUGCCCAUCUGAACCCAGAUCAGUGCCAGGUUCUGAUUUAUUCACAAAAGUGGAUGAUCUGGGCUCAAAUGCGGAUGUGGAAUCAGGGCUCCAGCCGGUAUCAGAUCCAAGUGCUGAAUCUGAACUGCAGAUCGAAUCAGAAUCAGAUGUGGCUUCAGAGCAGCCUCUAGGAUCUGUGCUCUUGCCUUCUGAACAGGAAUUUGAAUCAGAUCCAGAUUCCACAGCUGAAGUGACUCUGAAUCUUGAACCAGAAUCUGAAUGGGAGGCGAAGCAGCCAGCGCUCCCUCCUGACAACAGCUCUGAGACAGUAUCAGAGCCUUCUGCUGAGCACCAGCCCACAGAGGAAAGACCUGAGAUCGAGAAUGAGGACUUCUGUGCAGUCUGUCUCAUUGGAGGAGACUUGCUGUGCUGUGACCAUUGCCCCAAGGUCUUUCACCUGUCUUGCCAUGUACCUCCCCUCCAUAGCUUCCCCACAGGUGACUGGAUUUGCACCUUGUGCAGGGAUGUGGAGCAGCCUGAGGUUGAAUAUGACUGUGAGAAUGCCCAGAUGUCCACAGGCACAGUGCCAUAUGGACUGUCGGCAUGUGACCAGAGGAAAUGUGAGAAGUUGACCCUGCUGAUCCUCAGCAACAUUCUCAGUGCUCCAUUCCAUGAGCCCGUCAGCCCUCUGGCCCGUCACUAUUAUCAGAUCAUCAAGAAACCCAUGGACUUGUCUGUCAUUCGGAACAGGCUCAUCAGAAACUAUCACACACACUACCAGUCCCCUCAUGAGUUUGUGGCUGAUUUCCUGCUUAUGUUCAAAAACUGUGCCAAGUUCAACUACUCGGACUCAGAGGUGGCUCAGGCAGGCCACAGUCUGCAGUCGUUCUUCACUUCCAAGCUGAGGGAGGUGUUCCCAGAUCUGAGCUACCCUGACCAGGAGGAAGAGGACUCAGAAAGUGAGGAUUAUGAGGAGUUGGAGAGAGCUGUCAUGAUUGGAUUCCCCUGGCCAGAGAGAAAGGAGCAGAGCCACAGGAAGAGGAAGAGGAGGCACUCCCUCAACUGGAGGAGAAAUCACUAUUAGUUGUGCCUCUUAUAUACAAGUACAGAGACAUUAAAGGCAAUUUGAUCCACUCUGAGCUCCGAGUUUUUUUUGUGUGUUUUUUUUUUUUUUUAAAGAUUCAUGUUGAAAUACAGUGUAUGCUUUUUUUUUUUCUGAGGACUUCACAUAAUAACCAGACCUGAUUCAUUUGUAUGCUGUUAUCUAUAGCUGUGGAUAGGUGUUGACAUUAAGCCUAUGUCUCCAGACUUUACCUAUGAUCUUGCACUAGUAUGUAUGUAUGUAUUCUAUUGCUUAAAUUGUACAUUUUGUUUGAUAGCUAACUGGUUGCUGGCAGCUGCUACUUAGUAAAUAUAGAUAGGCAAUGUUAAUUGGUAUAUUAUGUAUUAUAAUAUAUUUGUUUUAGAUAUCUGUUUCUUUUUUUACCCAAAUUUCCUAUGAACUGAGGCACUGGUACUUAUUCCAGCUGCAGUUUAACUGUGAUAAUGUUAUUGACCUGUAGAGGGAGUACUGCAACAUAUUAGUUCAUAUUGGACAUUUUAGUGGCAGGGAGAUGUGACUAAAACCCCCUCCUUGAAAAUAAAUGGUGUAAUAUUAGGCUGUUAACACAUUACCAUAAUGUUUUAGAUUGAGCUGUUAAAUUUUCUUUGACUAAUGAUAUAGAAAUGUCCAAUCUUUUCACAUAUGUAAUGGCUAUAAUACUUUUUAGCCCAGUAUGUUCCUCCAUGUGAUUCACAAACAAGUUUGAUAUAAAUUUGCCUUCUGACUUCUGUAAAAUUGGCCUUAAUUGCUGAAUUUGCUGUGCAGAAUAUGUUAAGUCCUCUUCUUAUGCUAUGUACUAUCUUUAGCUAGAUUGUAUUUAGUCUAAAAUAUAUUGGUGUAAAUAUGGGAUCCAAACCUUGUUGUUUUCUGGUACACAACAAACAAUAUUAUAUUUAUUUUUACUAAUAUGCUUUAAUAUGUAAUAAUGUAAUACUGUAAUAUGUUCUGGCCCCCUCCCUGCUCGUCAUGGUGACGAGGUUUAUAGUAGAUUAGUGUCACUGAAUGGCUGGAUGUCUGAGUGGUGUCCGGAGAAUAGCAUAGGAUUUAUAGACAAUUGGAAGAGUUUUUGGGGUAGACCUGACCUGCUAAAGAGAGACGGACUCCAUCCAUCCAGGGAAGGUGCCGCUCUCCUCUCUAGUAAUUUGGCUCAUAUUCUUAAUAAUGAUAGUAUUUGACUAACUGGGGCCCAGGUCAGGAAGCAGAAAAACUGGUUAAUCCAAACAUCUGCUAGCUGCCUUGAGACAUCACACAGGUCACAUAAACUACAACACAUAGAGUCAUCUUUUACCCUUGCUACAGUAUAUAGAUCACCCGGGCCUUAUUCUGAUUUCCUUGGUGAAUAUCAGCUCUUGUAGUUACUGUAGAUAGAGCUUUAAUUGUUGGUGACUUCAACAUUCACAUAGAUAAUGAAAAUGACACAUUGGGAUUAGCAUUUAUCGAUAUUCUCAACUCUCUUGGAUUCAGACAAAAUGUAACAGGACCAACUCAUCACCAUAAUCAUACACUAAAUUUUAUUCUGUCAUAUGAAGUUGAUGUUGAUAAUAUAGAAAUUCUGCUGCAGAGCGAUGACAUCUCGGAUCAUUACCUCAUCUCUUGUAAGAUGCGAUCAGCAAUGUUACUCAGUCUACACCACGUUAUCAUUCAGGUAGAACUCUUCUCUCGACCACUAAAGAUAGCUUCACUAAUAAUCUUCCAGAUCUAUCUCAUACACUCAGUAAACCCCAAAGCCUAGAAUAACUUGAUGAAAUAACAAAAAAUUCUAUGUAAAUGAGGAAUUG